CACCCCGGGCCGGGGUGGGCGCGGAGCGGCGCCGCCGCCAUGCAGUGCGGGGAGCCCGCGGGCGCCAUGAGGGGGCCCGAGGGCGAGGGCAGGCCCGAGCCGCUGCUGCCGGGGCAGAGCGGCGCCAGGACCGGCGGCGGCCGCGGCGCCAAGGGCUGGCAGUACAGUGAUCACAUGGAAAAUAUUUAUGGCUACUUAAUGAAAUAUACCAAUCUCGUCACUGGUUGGCAGUAUCGAUUUUUUGUUUUAAACAAUGAUGCUGGCCUACUGGAGUACUUUGUGAAUGAACAGUCCAGGCAUCUAAAGCCCAGGGGUACCUUGCAGCUGGCUGGGGCCGUGAUUUCGCCCAGCGAUGAAGACUCUCACACCUUCACGGUCAAUGCAGCCAGUGGGGAGCAGUAUAAACUAAGAGCCACUGAUGCUAAAGAACGGCAACAUUGGGUUAGCAGGCUACAGAUAUGCACGCAACAUCACACAGAAGCUAUUGGCAAGAACAACCCUCCUCUGAAAUCUCGCAGCUUCUCUCUUGCAUCUCAAGGAAGUUGCAACUCUCCUGGUGUGCAAAGAAGACCUAGCCAAAAUGCGAUUUCUUUUUUUAGCGUUGGACAUCACAGAUUGUCAACUGGAAAAAGAGUUCCUAUUCUGCAGCCUGAUCACCUUGUAGAUGUUAGAGAGAUGAUGUCUCAGGCUGAGGGCCAGCAGAGAGACUUGAUCAGGAGCAUAGAAUGCCUUCCCGUCUCCGGUCAUCUUACAUCCUUGGAUCAAGACCUAUUAAUGCUCAAAGCAACUUCCAUGGCAACCAUGAACUGCUUAAAUGACUGCUUCCAUAUUCUCCAGUUACAACAUGCUUCACAACAAAAGGGAUCCUUACCAGCAGGAACAACGAUUAGUUGGCUGGAACCAAAGAUAUCUCUCUCAAACCACUUCAAAAAUGGAGCAGCACAGAAUUUCUCAGCAGAGGUAAACAAGCCAGCAUCUGUCAGAGAAGAACAGUCCAUUUCUGAGCCCGACCAGCUAACAAGGGAACCUGAAGAAAUAAAUCCGGAUGAGGAGCUGGAGGAUAUCUGUGAUGAUAAAGAAGAUGAUCUAGGAGCUGUGGAAGAACAGCGCAGUGUUAUCUUGCAUCUCUUGUCUCAGCUGAAACUUGGCAUGGACUUAACAAGAGUGGUGCUUCCCACGUUUAUUUUAGAGAAACGAUCGUUGUUGGAGAUGUAUGCAGACUUCAUGUCCCAUCCAGAUCUAUUCAUUGCAAUUACAAAUGGCACUACCCCUGAGGACCGGAUGAUCCGCUUUGUUGAAUAUUAUCUGACUUCGUUUCAUGAAGGUCGCAAAGGAGCUAUUGCAAAGAAACCGUACAAUCCCAUCAUUGGAGAAACAUUUCACUGCUCUUGGAGGAUACCGAAGAGUGAAGUAGCUGCUGAUGCAGGCAGUAACUUAUCUGCUCAUUCCUGUCCAGAACAAGUAACUCUAUCAAAAGAUCUGGAAGGCCAAACAGAGCUGGACUAUUAUACAGUAAAAUUUGUAGCUGAGCAAGUGUCCCAUCAUCCUCCUGUCUCAGGGUUUUAUGCUGAAUGUGUAGAGAGAAAGAUGUGUGUCAAUGCUCAUGUCUGGACAAAAAGUAAAUUCUUAGGAAUGUCAAUAGGAGUGACAAUGGUUGGUGAAGGUCUUCUAAGUCUCUUGGAGCAUGGGGAAGAGUACACAUUUUCUCUGCCUUGUGCAUAUGCGAGAUCAAUUUUAACUGUUCCUUGGGUAGAACUAGGAGGAAAAGUCAACAUUAACUGUGCAAAAACUGGGUAUUCUGCAAGUAUUAACUUUCACACCAAACCCUUCUAUGGUGGCAAAUUGCAUCGAGUCACUGGUGAAGUAAAGCAGAACGCGACAAACACAGUGGUAUGCCGAGUGCAAGGGGAAUGGAACAGCAUACUUGAAUUCACCUACAGUAACGGGGAGACAAAAUACGUGGACUUGACAAAACUGUCUGUGACGAGAAAACGAGUGCGGCCCCUUGAGAAACAAGGACCAUUUGAAUCUAGGAGACUGUGGCAACAUGUAACAGAGUCUCUGCGGGAUGGAGACAUUGAUAAGGCGACAGAGCACAAGCGAGCCCUUGAAGAACGACAGAGGAACGAAGAGAGGCUUCGUGCUGAGACGGAAACACCUUGGUGUACCAAAUAUUUCCUUAAAGAAGGAGAUGGCUGGGUUUAUCAUAAACCCCUUUGGAAAACUGUCUCUGCUGUACAAACUCAGCAAAUGGACAAUAACUAGAGAAGCUGCUUUGAGAUGAGUUUUCUGUUUCCGAUAUUUUCUCUCUCUGUCUCUCAAAACACAGUAAUCACACUGAGUGUCCCCUUUUUAUGUAACUGUGGAAGCUUAAAUGAGCAUAAAUAAAUAUACUAGGGCACUUUAAAGUUACGUUAAAAAACGAAAACAAAACAAAGAUAUAGAGACAAACUUGCCAGGUACGUUCAACCAACUUUUUUUUUGUAUGAUCCAAGAGAUUUUAUCUGAGUUGUAUAACAUUCUUCUAAGUAGGUCUGGUUGCAAAAGCUGCCUAAGAGAGGAACUGUUUUACUUGGGAGUGACAUGGGAACGUUUUUCCAAAUCUUCGACAAGCUGUGGUAAUGGAACUAUGCUCAGUACCCAUGUAAACAGCAAUGAAAAACUGCUGCUUUUAUGCCCAGUGAUUAACCUUUUUUGGCUAAAACAGGAGGGGUAUUCAGAAGACAUGCCUGAAAUCAGUGUUAUGAAACAACUGGAUCAUGACAACUUUUUUCUUCAGAGAGAAUGCAUGCAUGCAUCAGAGGAAUAUGGAUAUGGAAUAUAUGUAGAGACUACUUUUCUUUUUUAUGGAUUUAUAAAAGCAAUUAGAAUUGUAACCAUGGAGAAAUUUUUUCCUCUGAAACAUUUUAAUAUACUUGAAAUUGACUUGAAUUGGAAAAGUAAUUUGAACACUUUUCAACUCCUAAUUUUAUUAAAUCUCUUUAAGUGACUUUGAUUUUGCUCCUGUUAUAACAUAAUGAGGUUUUGACCUCUCUUUCUUCCUCCACCUUCUCUUCCCAAGGACUAAGGCUUUCAAACUGAACAGAAAACAUACAAUUUUGUAUUUAAAUUUGUCUGCCCAUCUAAACAUCUCAGAGGUGAAGUAUCAGUGUUACAAACUGUCCUUUGGAUUGUUUUGGUUUUUCUCCUGUGGUGUUGUUUGAAACAAAGCAGUGAAAUGUGACCUGUGAAUACAUGGACGGUAGGCUUUUUUUCAUCUUACUAUAAAAAAAAAAGCUGAUUAUGCUGAAGACUGAGUAUUGAUUUAAAACACAAUCAGAUAUCAGGAAACUGUAUUCAGGUACAAACAUCCUUUGUUUUUUAUAAGUAUUUUAUUGAAGUCUAAGAAUUGCUGGCAAUUAAGAACAGUACUUAUGGCUUUCGUUAUUGUUGUAACUACAAGCUACCUUAAUUUUUCCAACAGUGGUGCCUUACUCUGUUUUUUCUUCUGAUGUAGUCUUCCAAUCAGUGUAUAUAACAUUAUCUGCCACUUUCCAGCCAUGGCAAUGGCUGCACCUGAUCCAUCAUCAUGAGAACUCACAACUGUGUGGUCUGGUAAGAUAAUUUUUUUUAGAGGAGAUACAAAUGUAAGAAUGCAUCAGAAGGUUGAAAUAACCAUGUUAACUUUCAACACAAACUGUAAAUUGUGCAAAAACGUUGGAUUUAUGCACAACUGUUUUGAUUCUCUUGUACAUUUUUGCUGUGAAAUGCACUGAGAUCUCAAUGCGAGUCAUAGUCCAUUUGUGAGAAGUAGGGGUGGGGAUAAUAAAACUACAAAAUGAUGA